AGAGCUGAAGAUCCUCAGUAUUUCCUCCAGAGCGCCGAGCACACAAUGACACAGUGCGCCCGGUAGAGCAACAUGCCAAAAGCUGGAUAUUUUAUAUGGAUUUUAUUCUCCUCAUGGGGAGUAAUUGCCGGCAGUGUGAGGACCCUACCUCAUGUGAUGAAGUACCAAACAGUGAUACCUCAGAAACUGAAGGAUUCAUCUCUCAAUAAUGAUGCUGCUACACAUCAGAGAUACCCUGAUGUACUCCAGUACUCUCUGACGAUUGAAGGGCAAAACCACACACUGCACCUGGAAAAGAACAAAAAUCUGGUUGGGAAAAGCUUUUCUGUGACACACUAUUCUGAUCAGGGCACCCAAGUCACAACAACUCCAGAUCUUAGGAUUCACUGCUACUACCAUGGACACAUUGUGGGAGUGGAGGAAUCCUCUGCCAGCGUGGGACUGUGUUCAGGAAUCAAGGGGUUUGUGCGUCUCCAGGACCAAAUGUACCUUAUCGAACCUCUGGCCGGCGACGAGGCUGGGCAACGCGAUGAAAGACAGAGCUCUGACGUUAACAGUGACGAGGGUCUUCAUGCUGUUUACAACUACAAACACCUGAGGAGGAAGAGGAGCUCCUGUUCCCAUGGAAACACGACCACUUUCUAUGAUCAUGUAGCUCAACCGUCUGGACUGUUCAAGCUCAGCAGUCUGAAAAGCAGAGCACAGACCAAAGACCGUGCAAGAAAACCUAGAACAGUGGAGCUGGUUGUGGUGGUCGAUAACACAGAGUAUAAGAAGUUUGGCAAUAAGAAGACAAUAGAGGCCAGAGUGCUUGAAAUAGCAAACCACGUCGACAAGCUGUAUCGCCCCGUGGGUGUGCGUGUGAUGUUAGUCGGUCUGGAUCUCUGGUCGUACAAAGAUCAGAUAGAGGUCAGCACUGACCCUGAGGUCACCCUCCACCGAUUCCUCCAGUGGCGUCAGCAGAGCCUGUUGCCGAGGAUUAAACAUGACAACGCGCAGUUCAUCACUGGCGUGGAUUUUGAUGGUUCUACCGUUGGCUUAGCUAACACCAAUGCAAUGUGCACCUCUAAGUCUGGAGCUGUCAAUGAGGACCAUAACACUAACGCAAUAGGAGUGGCCUCUACUAUUGCACAUGAGAUGGGUCACAACCUGGGCUUGUCCCAUGAUACUGAAAACUGUGUCUGUGGCUCCAUAACAACGAAAAGAGGCUGCAUCAUGUCUGAGAGUGUUGGCAUGGUGUAUCCAGAGUGGUUCAGCAGCUGCAGUAAGCAGCAGCUCAGCAGCUUCUUGGAGGAGGUCAACCCUGCCUGUCUGGUGGAUACUCCUUCUACCGAUCGAGUCUACGGAGGGCCAGUGUGUGGAAAUGCCUUCCUGGAACCUGGAGAGGAGUGCGACUGCGGCACUGUAGAGGAAUGCAGGAAUCCCUGCUGCAAUGCCACUACCUGCAAACUUAAUGCAGGUGCCCAGUGUGCAGAGGGAGAGUGCUGCCACAACUGCCAACUGAAACCGGCACAAAGUGUCUGCCGACCAAAGGCAGGAGAUUGUGACCUGGCAGAAUACUGCACUGGCUUCUCCGCCUCCUGUCCAACUAACGCCUACACCCAAAAUGGCCUGUCUUGCAACAAUGGAAAAGGAUACUGCUACAAUGGACAGUGCCCUUCACGGCAGGAACACUGCAAGAGACUUUGGGGACCAGAUGCCGAAGUAGCUGCAGAUCUUUGUUUCACCCAGCAUGGAAACUGCAGAAAGACACUGUUUAGCAAGAGAUGUUUGAGCCGAGAUCAAUACUGUGGGACACUUUUCUGCUCUGGAGGCUGGGAAUUUCCAGUGACAUCUAGGAAGUCCUUUUACAUAGUCAGAAAUGGAGACAUAUGCAAUGAGGCAACUAUGAACCCUGAAGAUAACUACCCUGCAGAUCUGGGGAUGGUGCCUACUGGCACUAAGUGUGACAACAACAUGGUAUGCUACAAUCAACGGUGCGAAGACAUCAAAAACUUAAAAGUGUACGGAACAAACAGCUGCUCUGCCAAAUGUAACAACCACGGGGUUUGUAACCAUGAGAACAAGUGUCACUGCGACCCCGGCUGGGCCCCGCCUUUCUGUGAUGUGCUGCUGUCAGAGCAGCCUAAAGAGGGAGAUCUGUUGGUGUAUAUUGUGUCACUGGUGGUUGGCUUGCUUCUGCUGUUGGUCCUGGUCAUUGGGAGUUUGAUGUGCUGCAUCAGAAAAAAGCGGCCUGCAAAGAGAUGCCUCCAAUCUACCUCAGGACAGUCCAACCCGUUGUUUCGGUCAAGCAGUACGCGAGGCAGCCCUCAUGUCGGGUCCAGACAAAUCAGCAAGCCUAUAUUUGUGGAGUCUUCAGCCACUCAAGCCUGUAAACCUCUGUCCUCUGCUCCUGCCAGACCACAUACUGGAGCAGUGAAGCCCAGUAGAGCAGCUCCAGAGCCACCGAAGAAAUUCACAGCGGUACCUCAGCCAUCAAAGAUUCAACAGAUUGCAAGGCAGUUUAUGCAGCCAUCAACUGUUCCAAGCAGGCCAAUCUAUACUGAGGAUAAGCCACUACCUCCUUCCAGACCUCUGCCACCACUUGCAAAUAAACCGAUCAUGAAGCCAAAGCCUCCGAUGCCUCCGGUGAAGCCGAAGCCCUCCGCAGCCCGGUCCCCAUUGCCACACACUCAGCUGCUUGCAGGGAGAGCCGCCCUGAUGCCACCCAGCAGGCCCAGAUGACAGAGGGAAUAAUUCAGCCUGGUGUAAACACUGAGAUCCUCUGACAGAGGAGACUGUUGUCGUCCCACCUUGAAGGACUUAGAAAUCCUCUCAGGAGACGCUCGUCUGUUUUUCAAGCGGAAACAAGAUCCACCGAAGGAUCAGCAACAAUAAGUGACAGAGCUUUUCUGUCAAUUGUGGUCUCCCUGAAGAUUACCGCCGUCUGUGUCUUGCUUAUGUAAGCCUUCAGUAUGUUGAUGAAAACCUGAUUGACAGACUCAGCGUCUGUGCUUUAUAAAUGACAAAUGGCUAUGCUGCCAUGAUGAUGAUGAUGAUUUUUGCUUUUUAUUAAGGGAAAUGUCUCUCUGCCUUGAUCCUUGAAUAUGUGAAGACUGUAUGAGGCAAUUGCACUAUCAAUGCUGAAACAGUUUUAUCAACUGUUACUGUUCCCUCACAUGGUUUUGGUACUCCUUUUCUAAAAAAA